UUGACUUUUCAUUCGCUGCUCUCCCUCCUGGGGCCGCCCAGCGCUCCGGAGCUCUGCCUCCUUCCCUCCGUUUGGCUCAGUUCUGGUCAGCUCAGCCCUCCAUGGAGAAGGUUGGUGUCGUUUUCGGCGGCUCUCGGGGCAUCGGCAAGGCGGUGGCCCAGUUAAUGGCUGAGAAGGGGUACCGGCUGGCAAUCGCGAGCAGGGACUUGGAGGUCGCCAAAGCCGCCGCUAGGAACCUCGGGGGAAAUCACUUGGCUCUUCGCUGUGAUGUUGCUAAAGAGCAAGACAUUCAAAGUGCAUUUGCAGAGAUGGAGAAAAAAUUAGGUCGUGUUAAUUUUUUGGUAAAUGCAGCUGGCAUAAACAGGGAUGCCUUAUUACUAAGAACAAAAACUGAAGAUAUGAUAUCCCAACUUCACACUAACCUCUUAGGAUCCAUGCUAACAUGUAAAGCUGCUUUGAAGAAUAUGAUUCAACAACAGGGAGGCUCUAUUGUUAAUAUAGGAAGUGUUGUUGGUUUAAAAGGAAAUCCUGGCCAAUGUGUUUACAGUGCUAGCAAAGGAGGAUUAGUUGGUUUCUCUCGUUCUCUUGCUAAAGAAGUAGCAAGAAAGAAAAUUCGAGUGAAUGUCAUUGCCCCAGGACUUAUCCACACAGAUAUGACAAAAGGGAUGAAAGAAGAACAGUUAAAGAAAAAUAUUCCGCUUGGGAGAUUUGGAGAACCUAGUGACGUAGCACAGGCUGUUGUUUUUCUUCUAGAAUCUCCUUAUAUUACAGGACAUGUUCUGAUUGUUGAUGGUGGAUUACAGCUUGUUUUAUAAAGUGGGCACUAUUCAGUAAUAAUAGUGUUUUGAAUUAAGAUUAUUUUUAAUUUUGUUAGCAACUACUGACUCAUACCUGAAUGAAUGAUAAUUAAACCCAUAAAAUAACUUGUUAUUCCUUA